AUGGCUAUGAGUAGUGCCGCUCCUGCUCCCGUGCUACCAGCGGAGCUGCAGCAGGACCACAAGGCUGUAGGUGCUAAGGUGCGCGUGGUCACUGCCGCAAAGGAGACUUUCGAGGGUGUUAUCUUCACGCUGGACCCUGUGGCUAAUUUUCUCGUGCUCGAAGAGCAAGAUGGAGCCAAGUGCAAGACGCGCAUUUUCCAGCUUAAAGCGCUGCAGAAAGUUGAAGUGCUGGAGCAUGCCCCCGCUGGACUUAUGUUGACCCUUCCAGCCAUCAGCUCUGACGAGCUCCUGCGCAUGGAGCAGCGUAACAAGGUACUAGCCGAGCGAGCUCUGGCUUCCAUUGGCCAGGGCGUAUCCAGCGAAGCGCAAGUCAUCUUCGACGCACUCAACAAGACGAUGCCGUGUGAGUGGGAAGGCGCCAACAUCCGAGUUAUGGGCGAAGUGGUGAUUAAGCCACCGUACCACCCACAGAACUGCGUGAGUGCCAACACGCAGGUGCUCUCGCGAGUCAAGAAAGUGCUGGAGGGUGAGAAGAGCAAACUGAAGAAGGCCAAAAAGUGAUAGGACUGGGAUCGUCGCGCUUACAGGCCUCGCGGUCGGGGUAGUCCUCUGCUUCAAAGGGGAGACGCAGUAUUCGAUCGCCAUCGUCGAAUGAGCGGACGUUGAACAGUAUGAGUUGCAGAGUCGAUAGGCUUGGCUCAAGUAGAAGGGAAUGCCCUAUGCAUACUUGGGAAUAAAGGAACGGAAUGGAACGGGACAAACGAUGUAAUAAGCAUCG